AGCGCACACGGCGCCGCUGCGGCUGCAAUGGCGGAGUUCUGGAGGUGAUCGGUUCUGCUGAGAUUCGGACCUGCGGGACGGAGGAUCCAGCGGUUCCGUGCGCGGGAUCAUCCGGAGGGUCGCGCGCGCACAUCUGUAUGGGAGCGCGGGGCACCUCCCUGCUCGUGCCGCGCUGAGCUGAGCCCUGCUGGAGGAAGGCGGGGAGGGACCGCCCGCUCUGCACUGGAUUAUCCGCUCCGGAGCUCCGGGACGCAGGAUGGCUGAGCGCAGCUCCACCGGCCUGAUGAUGAUGAUGAUGGUGGAGCCUUCACCCGCCCUGGCUCUCACCCUGCCGGCCGAGGUGCGGGAGAAGCUGGCUGAGCUGGAGCUGGAGCUUUCUGAAGGGGACAUCACUCAGAAGGGCUAUGAGAAGAAGCGAGGAAAGCUGCUAGCCCCCUACAUCCCUCAGAUACAGGGUGUGGAUCCUUCUCUACAGGUAGAUCACCGAAUCCAGGCGUCCACCCAGCCUGUCCUGCCCACCUCCAAACACAACAAACCCCGAGCGACGAACUCUCGGGAUGAGCGCUUCAGAUCAGACCUGCACACUGAAGCAGUUCAGGCAGCUUUGGCGAAGUACAAAGAGAGGAAGAUGCCAAUGCCCUCAAAGAGACGCUCUGUUCUAGUGCAGUCUUCAGUGGAGGCAUGCACACCCCCAGACACCUCCUCUGCGUCAGAGGAUGAGGGGUCGCUACGGCGACAGGGGCGAGUGGCGUCUUCGUCUCCGUACCAGUCUCACCCCACGGUGGAACACUGGUUUAACCGGGUUAUCCAGGGCUCCUCCACCUCCUCCUCCGCCUCCUCCACCUCUUCACACCCCGGGGGGCGGAGCCACAACGCCACCGCCAGCUCUGCUGCUACCGUACUCGCUGACCUCAUGGCUCACACACAGCUCGAUAACCACUGCGCUCCUCCGGACGUGACGGGUCUGUCCGAGCGUUCACAGGUAGCAUCAGUCAGAGGGCUCACCCGCGGAUACACACACACCAGCAGCACCAUGGAAACGGCUGACGGCAGUGAUGCAGGUGACGGCGGGGCUGCGGAUGGUGUCCCCGUGAACAGUCGUGUCUCGUCUAAAAUACAGCAGCUCUUGAACACGCUGAAGAGACCAAAGCGUCCGCCGCUGCGCGAGUUCUUCCUGGAUGAUUUCGAGGAGCUCCUGGAUGUCCAGCAGCCGGACCCUAAUCAGCCCAAACCGGAGGGGGUGCAGAUGAGCCCCCUGCACGGGGAGCCGAUGGGCGUGGUGACGAAUUGGCCUCCGUCGUUACUGGCGUCUCUGCAGAGAUGGGGAACGACGCAGCCGAAAAGCCCCUGUCUCACUGCGCUGGAUAACGCCGGCAAACCCAUCUACACGCUCACGUAUGGGAAGCUGUGGACCCGCAGUCAGAAGCUGGCGUACACACUGCUCAACAAACUCAGCAGCAGAAACGAACCUCUACUGCGGCCCGGAGACAGAGUUGCUCUUGUGUUUCCCAAUAAUGACCCUGUGAUGUUCAUGGUGGCGUUUUACGGCUGUCUCCUGGCAGAGCUGGUGCCCGUGCCCAUAGAGGUGCCACUCACACGAAAGGAUGCUGGGAGUCAGCAGAUAGGUUUUUUGUUGGGUAGCUGCGGGGUCACGCUGGCUCUGACCACAGACGCGUGUCAGAAAGGAUUACCCAAAGCUCAGACUGGAGAAGUGGCCACGUUUAAAGGUUGGCCGCGGUUGCUGUGGUUUGUUACUGAUGGGAAACACGUGGUAAAACCUCCUAAAGACUGGGUUCCUCUAAUCAGAGAUGCCAGUAAUGAAACCGCUUACAUAGAGUAUAAGACCAGUAAGGAGGGCAGCACUAUGGGCAUCACGGUCUCUCACGCUGCCAUGCUGGCUCAUUGCCACGCACUGACCCAAGCAUGCGGGUACACAGACGGUGAGACGAUCACUAAUGUUCUGGACUUUAAGCGGGACGCAGGUCUGUGGCACGGUGUUCUCACGAGUGUGAUGAACCGGAUGCAUGUGAUCAGCAUCCCAUACUCUCUGAUGAAGGUCAACCCACUGUCCUGGAUACAGAAAGUGCACACAUACAAAGCCCGUGUUGCCGUGGUGAAGUCGAGAGAUAUGCACUGGUCUCUACUCUCUCAGAAAGAUCAGAGAGAUAUCAGUCUCAGCUCGUUACGCAUGCUGAUAGUGGCUGAUGGAGCUAAUCCCUGGUCGAUCUCCUCCUGCGAUGCGUUCCUCAACGUGUUUCAGGCUCGAGGUUUGAGGCCGGAGGUGAUCUGUCCUUGUGCCAGCUCACCUGAGGCCAUGACCGUCGCCAUCCGCAGACCUCCGGAGAUGGGUGUCCCUCCCCCGGGUAAAGCAGUGCUGUCCAUGUCGAGUCUCAGUCACAGUGUGAUCAGAGUGGACACGGAGGAGAAGCUCUCAGUGCUCACGCUGCAGGACGUAGGACAGGUGAUGCCCGGAGCGAUGGUGUGUGUUGUGCGGCCAGAGGGAACCCCCUAUCUGUGUCGGUCGGAUGAAGUUGGAGAAAUCUGUGUGAGCUCCUGCACAACCGGCAUCUCCUACUACGGCCUGCCGGGAAUGACCAAAAAUGUGUUUGAGACAAUCCCGGUGACGGCGUCUGGCUCCCCAGUCAGUGACCGACCCUUCACCCGCACCUCUCUGCUGGGCUUCAUCGGGCCGGAUAACCUACUGUUUGUUGUGGGGAAGAUGGACGGACUGAUGGUGGUCAGUGGGCGGAGACACAACGCUGAUGAUGUGGUUGCCACGGCACUGGCGGUGGAGCCCAUGAAGUUUGUUUAUAGAGGAAGGAUUGCAGUGUUCUCGGUGUGUGUGCUGCAUGAUGAGCGGAUCGUUGUUGUAGCAGAGCAGCGGCCGGACGCUUCAGAGGAAGACAGCUUCCAGUGGAUGAGUCGAGUACUGCAGGCUAUAGACAGCAUCCAUCAGGUAGGAGUUUACUGUCUGGCUUUAGUUCCUGCGAACACGCUCCCUAAAGCUCCUCUCGGGGGGAUCCACAUCUCCGAAACUAAACAGCGCUUCCUGGAGGGGGCGCUGCACCCCUGCAACGUGCUCAUGUGCCCCCACACCUGCGUCACCAACCUGCCCAAACCCCGGCAGAAACAGCCAGAGGUGGGUCCCGCCUCCAUGAUCGUGGGGAACCUGGUGGCGGGGAAGAGGAUUGCUCAGGCUUGUGGACGAGACGUAGCUCAGCUGGAAGAUAAUGAUCAGGCACGUAAGUUUCUGUACAUGCAGGAUGUUCUACAGUGGAGAGCUCAGGCCACGCCCGAUCACCCUCUCUUCUUGCUGCUCAACGCCAAGGGGACCGUGGCCAGCACUGCGUCCUGUGUUCAGAUCCAUAAGCGAGCAGAGCGUGUGGCCGUGGCUCUGAUGGAGAGAGGAAGACUUAAUGCAGGAGAUCAUGUAGCGCUCGUUUACCCACCAGGUGUUGAUUUAAUUGCUACGUUUUACGGCUGUCUGUAUGCGGGCUGUGUUCCGGUCACAGUCAGACCCCCUCACCCUCAGAACCUGGCCACCACGCUUCCCACCGUCAAGAUGAUCGUUGAGGUCAGUAAGUCUGUGUGUAUUCUCACCACACAAGCAAUAAUGAAGCUCCUAAAAUCCAAAGAGGCAGCAGCAGCCGUGGAUGUGAAAACGUGGCCGGUGGUACUGGAUACAGAUGAUCUUCCCAGGAAAAAGCUUCCACAGAUCUACAAACCACCCACUCCAGAGAUGUUGGCGUACCUGGACUUCAGUGUUUCCACCACAGGCAUCCUCGCAGGAGUGAAGAUGUCUCAUGCUGCAACCAGUGCCUUGUGUCGCUCCAUUAAGCUGCAGUGUGAGCUCUACCCCUCGAGACAGAUCGCCAUCUGCCUCGACCCGUACUGCGGCCUGGGCUUCGCUCUCUGGUGCCUCUGCAGUGUGUACUCAGGGCACCAGUCCAUCCUGGUUCCUCCUCUGGAGCUGGAGAGUAACGUGUCUCUGUGGCUGACGGCCGUGAGUCAGUUUAAAGUGCGCGUGACCUUCUGCUCGUACUCAGUGAUGGAGAUGUGCACCAAGGGCCUGGGGUCUCAAACUGAAGCUCUACGGCUACGGAACGUGAACCUGUCGUGUGUUCGUACCUGUAUGGUGGUGGCGGAGGAACGGCCAAGGAUCGCUCUCACUCAGUCCUUCUCCAAAAUCUUUAAAGACCUCGGCCUCUCGCCCAGAGCCGUCAGCACCACCUUCGGCUGCAGGGUCAACGUGGCCAUCUGCCUUCAGCCCAACAGACUGGGCAACCUGGCUGAUCAGGGAACGGCUGGCCCUGACCCCACCACUGUAUACGUGGACAUGAGAGCACUGCGCCAUGAUAGAGUUCGGCUGGUUGACAGAGGAUCCCCACACAGUCUGCCUCUGAUGGAGUCAGGAAAGAUUCUUCCUGGAGUGAAAGUCAUCAUUGCCAACACAGAAACCAAAGGUCCACUGGGAGACUCUCAUCUAGGAGAGAUCUGGGUGAGUAGUCCCCAUAAUGCAACAGGAUAUUACACAGUUUAUGGAGAGGAGGCGCUGCACGCCGACCACUUCUGCACCAAACUGAGCUUCGGCGACACGCAGACGGUGUGGGCGAGGACCGGAUACCUAGGUUUCCUGCGCAGAACCGAACUGACUGAUGCCAGCGGAGAACGGCAUGAUGCUCUGUACGUGGUGGGUUCUCUGGACGAGACGCUGGAGCUCAGGGGAAUGCGUUAUCACCCCAUAGACAUCGAAACCUCCGUCAUCAGAGCGCACAAGAGUAUAGCAGAGUGUGCCGUGUUCACCUGGACUAAUCUGCUGGUUGUCGUGGUGGAGCUGGAGGGUUCGGAGCAGGAAGCUCUGGAUCUCGUCGCCUUGGUGACCAACGUGGUUCUGGAGGAGCACUUCCUGAUCGUCGGGGUGGUGGUGGUGGUGGACCCCGGGGUCAUCCCCAUCAACUCUCGCGGGGAGAAGCAGCGAAUGCACCUGCGCGACGGCUUCCUGGCCGACCAACUGGACCCCAUUUAUGUGGCCUAUAACAUGUGAUUAAGAGCAUCGAGCAGCGAGCGGGAGGACUAACCGCAGAACACGACCUGUUGACCAGAGAAAAGCAUCUCAGAGAUAUAUCUAAUAUUUCUCAUUAUCAGAGUAUUACAAGAUAUUUUCAGAUAUAUUUAACCCCUUAACAUGCCAGCAUUUUAGUCAAUUUUCUGCCUGACAUUACAUAGCUACAUCUUGAUUAUUUAUCUUUAAGCAUUACACAUAAAGGUUUCAUGUUUGACAAGCAACAUUACUGAAAAUCUUAAUUGUAUUUAUAAUAGAAAUGCUGAAAUAUAUUGAAGUAAAUCUGCAACUGUCAAAAUGUAAUGAAUACAAAUCAUAAAAUUGGCACUUUCCUGAACUUUUCACAUUUUAAAAUCAGUAUUUUCCUAAAUUCAAAUGAUCAUUUCAUUGUCCUCCAAACCUUUCGUUUGUUGACUGUUUUCUAGUUUUUAUGUCUGUUCUCAAUCAUGCAGAAUUUGUUUCUGAUUCUUCUUAAAACAGACAUCCUCUCCAAGUGUUAUUUAGGAGUCUCCAAAACUCUCAAACUUUCAAACAGAAUGUGAAUAACUUAAUUUACUGCAGAGAUAAAGGGGUUUUUUCAUCUUUACCUGUAGCCCAUACACAGCCCAAGGACUGUUAAGGGGUUAAGCUUAUAUCUUAAUCAUACACAGUACCAGUUAAAAGUUUGGACACAUCUCUUCUCAUUCAAUGUUUUUUUACAUUGUAAAUUUAAUAAUGAAGUCUAAAUUAAAGCUCUACAGAAAAAACAUGCUGAAUUAUUUGUUAAUAAUAAAGCAGAAUCUGUUUUAUAAUAUAGAUUCUUCUAAAUAAAUAUCAGAUUUAUCUUUGAAGGCAGAUCUGCACAAUAUUGGAGAGAUUUGAAUCUCAGUGUCUUCAUGAGGGAGAGUUACCUGGAAUAGUUUUCUCAGCAUCUUGAAAGAAGGAGUUCCUGUUUACUACAUUAUAUAAUUCUAUAUGUGUCCCUUAAUCAUUUUCAUGUCUUUAAUCAACAAAUCAACAUCUACAAUGUAGACAGUAAGUUGGUAACAUGACAGUAAAAAUGUCUCAACUUGUUCUCAAUUAACGCUUCUUAAUACAUUAUCAAUCAUUAGUAAAUUUUAAUACUUAAGAAAUUAAUUGAGACAAGUUUCAUUUAUAAUCAUUUAUAAUGCCUUAACUAGUGUCGAGUAAUAAUUAGUUAACAUAUAUUCUGUCAUAAAUAGUGUUAAUUAAUUAACCUUAUUGUAAAGUGUUAUCAAUAAAUUACAUAAAGAAAGAAAUAGUAUAGAUAAAUAAAGAAAAAAAAGCAUUGAAUGAGAAGAAGUGUGUCCAAACAUUUGAGUGAUACUGAAGCUUGUUUGAGAAAAUGAUUAAAUAAAAGGAAAAUUGACUAGAAAUGUGUGAAUAUAGGUUUAAAAAUCUAUAAAAAGACGGAAAAAGACUGAAUAUUCCUGUUGAUAAUGAUGAAUAAUAGAUAUAUUACUUCUUAUUGUUUGAGAUGCUUUCAUUUUGGCAAGAUGCUCGUUGUUUCAUCAGGUGCAACAAAGCGUGGAUUUUUGGGAAUAUUGGGAUUUUGGAAAUUUGGGAAUUUGCACAGAGCGAAAGAGAAAAAAAGCGACAGAGCGCGCGAGAGAGAGAAUGGGAUUUCCUCCUUCUGCACAUCCUCUUCAUCGACUAAGCGCAGUCUGUGAUGGAGCUAUGCAGCACGUUUGUUCGUUAUUUUGUUAAUUUGUUUGUUUGUUUGUUUUAUCAUAGGAAGACUGUUAAAAUGCCUUGAACACAGAACUGCGUCUCCUCAUUUCAUCAGGGCAAAUUAAUGACCGACUGACAUCAUUUUCAUUUCGAGUUUUAUCUUGUCUUCUCAUCUUCAGAACAUCAGUUUAGUGUGUGAUGAAUCCACACUCUGGACGCCGGAGAACGAAACGUCAGGAAUCAGAAAUAUCCAAGCGUUCACCUGUAGAGCUGUAGACCAUAAUACUCCACUACAUCUACAGCGAAGAAGAAGAUCGGCACUGGUGUAUUGAUCGCAACAAACCCAACACUGCAAAAAUAUAACACUAAUAAUAACACUAUAACAAGUCCUAAGGAAUCCUUUUAAAUCUGAAAUCCAGAUUUCUAACAUUUCUGCCAUGUUUUUUUUUAUUGCGUUAUUUGAAACAUUUUACACUUUUACAAGAUGCAUCAAAAAACAGGUUGAAGAGUUUUAAAAAUAUUAAUAUUUCUAUUUUAAUACAUCAGUCAUGAAGAGAAAAAUAACAUGCACUACAUGGUAUGCACUACGAAUGAAUGCAGCGUUCAGCUACUUCCUGCGCAGAUGUCUAGUAAACCAAUUUGAAAUGUUAUUCACUAAACCUGAUAAACAUUAUAUUUGUAUUUAUAAUAAUAUUUAUCUAAUUUUAAGUGUUACUCCUCCUUUUUUUUGUUUAUUUCUAAUUUACAAGGUCAAUUGCCCAACCCACUCAUUAGGACUCCCCCUAUCACUAGUGUGAAGUUAGACUCCGCCUCUUUUUGAACCGAAUAGCGAGUAGCAUGACAGCGCUAACGCUCACAGGAAAGCACAGCGACUUGCUUCUGAUACAUCAGCUCACAGAUGCAGCCUUCUUCUGAUCCACAUCACCCUAUGAGUGAUAAGAGGAAAGAGAGAGCGCCAUCUACUGUACCCACCCAGAGAAAGCAAGGCAAAUUGUGCUCUCUCAGGGCUCCUGCAGCUGAUGGCAAGCUGCAUGACUGGGAUUUGAACCGGCGAUCUCCCAGUCAUAUUGGUGUAGCACAGCAUAGUUCAUUGUUAACCCAGAUCAGGAAUUGAACCCAGUCUCUCACACAGCAUGCUAGCUUACUGGUUUUAUUAGUAGUGAAGAUAUUGAGCCUCAUCUCAUGAACCUCGAUUAUCUAAUGGAGUAUAAAGCUCUACCUUCAUUGAGCUGUGAGCUGUGUUUAAGAUGAGUUGGGGACCUCAUUAACACGUUUUUGUCGCUGAAUGCAAUCAAAUCUUGACAGCAAUGCUACAUUUUGUGUUGAAAAAUCUUCGAAAAUGCUUCCAACAGCCGUAAAAACAAGAUUUAAGAUGAUUUCACCAAAACAAAUGACUUUUUGCAUUGAAUUAAUGCUUUAGUUUACAUUCUUUACACGCCAUAACUUUACACUUUGAUUUACAUACAUCCCAAAACCUUUAUAUAUGAGAUAUAUAGUGCAAGUUAUGAAUGCAAUAAAGGGAAGUGAUGGUUGGUUGGAGGUCUGGAAGGGCAAUUCUGCUGCUUUUGGGCAGAUUAUUUAGAACUACAUACAUAAACUACAAUAUAUGUUUCAGUUUACAUGGUUUACACGGCAAAACUAAAUUAAAAACACACAAAAACCUUUAAAGAUGAGAUAUUAUAUGUAAGGUAUCAAAAAUGAACAGAAUGCAAUACCUGACCUCUGCUUUUUGCAGAAGAUAAAAGUUCUAGAUUUAAAGUCCUAAGCCUCCUCUACUGAUAAUUAUUUUCAGUGGAGAUCAAGUGGGAACACUUUAAUACCUUAAUUAUAAUCUUCUAAUAUGCUUCCAACAGCUGAAAAUACAAAUAUUAGCACUGAAACUUAUAUACAACUCUGGAAAAAAUAAGAGAGCACUUUAAAAUGAUGAGUUUCUUUGAUUUUACCAAAUUAAAAACCUCUGGAAUAUAAUCAAGAGGAAGAUGGAUGAUCACAAGCCAUCAAACCACCAAACUGAACUGCUUGCAUUUUUGCACCAGGAGUAAAGCAGCAUAAAGUUAUCCAAAAGCAGUGUGUAAGACUGGUGGAGGAGAACAUGAUGCCAAGAUGAAUGAAAAAAGUGAUUGAAUUUGGAAGAAAUGUCUGUAGUUUAUAGAAUAAAACAACAAUGUUCAUUUUACUCAAACAUAAACCUAUAAAUAGCAAAAUCAGAGAAACUGAUUCAGAAACUGAAGUGCUCUCUUCAUUUUUUCCAGAAAUAUAUAAGAUAUUUUAUGUAAGGUAUCACAGAAUCAUGGAAUGCAAUACCUGACAUCACUUACAGUACAACAAUCUUGUUGCUGAUGGCUGUCAAAUCCUCACAGCAAUGCUCCAUAAUCUAGUAGAUAUAAUCUAGUCUUGAUUUGGACAGUAGAGAUUGAUUUCAGAAAAACUGCAGAUAUCUGAUCCCAAUGUUUAUUGUGUAAAGAUGAUUUAAUCAGGUACAUCCUGAUGCCUGUGGACAGUUCUUCGUAUUUUUAAUGCUGUUCUGAUCAUGUGUUCAGGUCGGGGGAGGUGGAGGUGCAGUGCAGUUGUGUUCAGGUUCAACAGGCCUGAUCUGGCGCUUUAUUAGUUCGUUCUUUUUUUACGUACCGUAUUUUUUGGACUAUAAGGUGCAAUUAAAAUCCUUUCAUUUUCCCAAAACUCGGUGCUGCUUAUGUAUGAAUUCUACCAGUCAGUUAUUAAGGAUCAGUAAAACCACUCCACUGAAGUACAGAGUUAUAUAGGUGAGUUUUCAGUGAAGUUUUUCCAACACUAAGGCUGGAGCAGCAUUAGCAUUAGCCGCUAACUGCAGCGCUAGCUCUUUGGUCGUUCAGAAGCAAUUAUACUCUAUCAGACUGUAGUCUGUGUGUUUACUGUGUUAAAACAAGCUACGUGUAACGAACCGCUAGCUGAUAGCAGUCUGGGUUACCGAAACACUCAGGGUUCAUCAGUCAAGCGCUAUCAGGCAGCAUUUAUGGCCAAUGCUGCUGCACCCAGCCUUAGUGAUGGAGAAUCUUCACUGAAAACUCUUCCUUAGAAAAAAUAUUGGAAAUCUAAGAUUACUGUAAAUAAAUGGAAGCCCUUUGCUCACCCAAAUAAACAGUUUUCAGGAGAGAAAUCUGUGUAGAUUAUUAUUCAGGGCUCGAUUGACUUUAAAAGAAAAUGUUUUUUUUAUAUAUAAGAAUUACAGUUUUGUUGACUUAGGCCCUUCCCCCAGCUUCCACAUUAGAAAAAGGGAAACAUGGCGACACCCUUGCUCACUUCAAUGAAGGCAUCCUUAAUAGUGUCGCUUAAAAUGCGCCUUAUAAUCUGGUGCACCUUAUAGUCCGAAAAAUACGGUAAUUUUCUCCUCAGUUAACAGCUCAUUUACUCAGUCAUUUUUUUUUGUACCAGGAACAGUGAGUUUGUGCUUGUGUUCAUUUCGUCUCUGUUAAUGUUUAAUCUAAAUCUUCAGCUCAUAUCGCUCUUAAUCGAAUGUAUCGGGGUGACGUUUUCUCAAAAGUCACUUCUGUUUUCUGAUUUAUCGAAAGGAGAGGAAAGCUUCACACCUUCCCCCAGACCCCCCAUUCAUUUCCUACACUCAAACUCAACUAACUCUACUAUCUACCAAUCAUGGUCAGAGAGGGCGGAGCUACUUCAGGACUAAAUAACUGGCUGCAGGUUUGAGGGGUUAUGGGCUCGUGUAAAGCUUAGUUUCAGGGCUUGUUAUAAAGCGUAAUAACAGUCCCUUGUAUUUUUCAGACUCAUUCACUGUAUGAUGAGUGGGCCAGCACUGUAAAGAGACCACUUCUGUCGACAGCUGCAUUUCUGUCUUUCUGUUGUGUGAUUGGUUGAUCACUCGUAUGUGGGGCAGUAGCCCGCUGUAAUUAUGUACAGAAUUUAUGUAAGUUAUUCCUGGGCACCAAACACUCUACGAAUGGUUCUGGCGGAAGACGUCUCUGAGCUAACCCGACUUUACCCGUUUCUUUCUCGAUCUGACAUCAGAAACAGCUACGUGAAUAAAUAUUCCUGUUAUAUAUUAUUGUUAUUAUUACGAUUAUGAUUAUUAUUUUGUUAUUCUAACAGACUUUUGGGGACACAGCGACUGGUUCUGCUUCCAGGAUUGUAAAGCACAUGCAGGUGUGAAUGUUUCUGCCGUGGUUUCCUCACCGUCAGACCGGCCUCAACGAUCGCCCUGUUGAAAGGUUUUGGCUGACAUUGCUUUUUGUCUUCUGUUAACAUGAUUUCUUAAUAAAAAAAAACUUGAUUUUAA